AUGGCGGAGCAGGCGCAACGUUACGAGUCGGUGGAUGCCGAGUCUGCAGGAUCCCUGGUCUCCAAGUCCGGCUAUGUGCUGCUGGACGUGAGAACACCCGAGGAAUUCAGCAGCGGACACGCGCCUGGCGCUGUCAACAUUCCCUUCAUGGUGCGGCAAAGCUUCCCAGACGCGUCCGGCUCGCACAUGGUAGUGACAUGCGGCGGCGGCACCCGCGGCACGUCAGCAGCCACCACCAUUGCAGAGGCGGGGUACAGCAGCGUGCUGUGCAUGCCUGGCGGCAUGAAGGCCUGGGAGGCGCGCGGCCUGCCCACCACCGCAGAGUAG